AUGUUUUCCACGGCAACGUACCUGGGUCCAUACCAGGUCACACAGCGACACCUAUGGAGUCAAUCGAGCCGGUUACAAUCAUGUCGGCCUCGACGCUUUGUGCGAUCCAUAGCGUUUUUGAAGUUGCAAGGCGAGCUUGCGUUGUUCUGCGGUCGACGCUUGUACGCGAGCGCUGUUCGACCUGGUGACGCUGCCGCAGCCGGACGUGUAAAACGUGUUGGCGUACUCGUUUCCGGCACAGGUCGCUCGCUUGAGAACCUUCUACAAAGAAUACAUACUGGGACGUUGCUGGGUGCCCAGAUCGUAGUCGUUGUUGCUUCGCGGGCCGACUGCUUCGCGCUCGAACGAGCGGCCCAGCGGCACGUACCCGCAGAGGUUGUGGCUGCUCGGGCCUUCUCAGACACAGACCGAUUCAGUGAAGCCAUCACUGAGGUCCUGGUUGCUUAUCGAGUUGAUUUAGUGGUUAUGGCGGGUUUCAUGCAUUUCUAUCGGAUUCCGCCUCGCUAUGCCAACCGUGUGCUGAACAUUCAUCCGGCCCUGCUGCCUGCGUUUUGUGGGCGAGGGUUUUACGGAAACCGAGUACACCAAGCCGUGCUAGACUUUGGUGCAAAAGUGACUGGCGUCACGGUUCAUUUCGCGGACAACGAAUACGAUCAUGGACCAAUUGUUCUACAGAGCGCCGUUCCCGUCCUCGAUGAGGAUACCGUGGAGACACUGGCUGCUCGGGUAUUUGCGGAGGAGUGUCGUCUUUUGCCGGAAGCAGUCGAACUCUUCUGCCAAGAUGCCCUGAUUCUGGAUGGACGUCGCGUUCGGAUCCGACAACGACAAAACGUCUAG